AUGCCUUUCAAGUGGGAUGCCGAGUCAGAACGGAACCUGCUUAUUGCCGCUAUUGGUGAAAUGUCGGCACCACCUACCACAAUCUGGCCUGCUGUUGCGGAAAGACUAGGACAUGGUCUCAACGGCAACGCUUGCAGCCAAAAGUUCUACAAGCUGAAGAAGGAGUCCGAAAAGCUACUCGGCGAAAAUGAUACAAACACAGCGCCAAAAACUCCCAAGACGAGCGCGCGCAAGACAAAUCCUUCAAGCACCGGCACCAAGCGCAAACGCCGCGCUCCCGAGGAAGCUGAAACACCCACGAAAUUGGCCAAGAAAGAAGAAACUCCAUCCAAGAGCAGUGUCAAGCAGGAACUCGAUGACGAUGUGAAGGUCAAGCCUGAACACGUUUCGGACAACGAAUAUCCCGGCGAUGAAUAA